AUGGAUCCACGCUUUCUGGAGCCGACGACUGCAUCCGGCAGCAUGUUGAUGCUUGAAGCAGCAGAGCUCUCUAUGAGCGAGGCACUGAAGCGUCGCCGCCGCCGCCGCCACCGCUGUGCUCCCGCCGCCGCUUCAUCGAUCCGGAGGAAGGGCGCCAAGACAGACCUGUUGCUGCCCGCCCCCGCGCCGCCCCUCGUCAAGGUUUUUGUGUCAGCCCAGUCCAAGUGCAUCUCCGGGCCGCACUUCCUCACGGAAAUACACGCCCUGCACGUAACGAAUUCUACUCCACAAGUGUGCAGAAGAAUUGGUAAUAUGUCAACAGGACGUUAG